UAGAAUCGCAGGGAGACGUGGUGAUUGUGGGAAGUAUUUGAGGACAGUGUGCUAACGGCAUCUGUAGAGCUUCACCAUGCCGGCUGUCAAAGGAGAUGGCAUGCGCGGUCUGGCCGUAUUUAUAUCAGAUAUCAGGAACUGUAAAAGCAAGGAAGCUGAGAUUAAAAGAAUUAAUAAAGAAUUAGCCAACAUCAGAUCCAAAUUUAAAGGGGAUAAGACCCUAGAUGGCUACCAGAAGAAGAAGUAUGUCUGUAAACUAUUGUUUAUUUUCCUUCUGGGACAUGACAUUGAUUUUGGACAGAUGGAGGCAGUCAACCUACUCAGCUCCAACAAGUACACUGAGAAGCAGAUUGGCUACCUCUUCAUCUCAGUGAUGGUGAGCGCCAACAAUGAGUUGAUGAAGCUGGUGAUUCAGUCCAUCAAGAAUGACCUUGGGAGUCGUAACCCAAUCCAUGUGACCUUGGCCCUCCAGUGUGUAGCAAACAUUGGCAGUAGGGAAAUGGCCGAGGGACUUGGGACAGAUAUCCCUAGAUUGCUUGUCUCUGGGGACACAAUUGACGCUGUGAAGCAGAGUGCUGCCCUGACUUUGCUGAGACUUUUGAGAACCUCUCCAGAGUUCAUACAGAUUGGCGAAUGGUCAUCUCGUGUCAUCCAUCUUCUCAAUGACCAACACAUGGGUGUGGUAACAUCAGCAGCCAGUCUGAUUGAAGCUUUGGUAAAGAAGAACCCUGACGAAUACAAAGGUUGUGUUUCUCUGGCAGUCUCGAGACUGAGCAGGAUUGUGACUUCAUCCUAUACAGAUCUACAAGACUACACCUACUACUUUGUUCCCGCCCCCUGGCUGUCUGUCAAACUCCUCAGAUUGUUACAAAACUAUCCUCCACCAGAGGACCCAGCAGUGCGAACUCGGCUGACCGAGUGUCUAGAGACAAUUCUCAACAAGGCACAGGAGCCACCUAAGUCAAAGAAAGUGCAGCAUUCAAAUGCUAAGAAUGCUGUUCUGUUUGAGGCAAUUAACCUCAUAAUUCAUAUGGACAGUGACCCUAACCUCCUAGUCAGAGCCUGUAACCAACUUGGGCAGUUCCUCCAGCACCGUGAAACUAACCUCAGGUAUCUAGCCCUAGAGAGCAUGUGUCUGCUCGCUACAUCAGAAUUCUCCCAUGAGGCUGUGAAGAAACACCAGGAGACUGUUGUGACUGCUCUCAAGACAGAGCGUGAUGUGAGUGUGCGUCAGCGUGCUGUAGACCUGCUAUAUGCCAUGUGUGACCGCACCAAUGCCGAGGAGAUUGUAGGAGAGAUGCUUGACUACCUCGAGUCAGCUGACUACUCUAUCAGAGAGGAAAUGGUCCUCAAAGUUGCCAUCUUGGCCGAGAAGUAUGCGGUGGAUUACACCUGGUAUGUGGACGUCAUCCUGAACCUGAUCCGUAUAUCAGGCGACUAUGUUAGUGAGGAGGUGUGGUACAGAGUGAUACAGAUUGUUAUUAACAGAGAUGACGUACAGGGGUAUGCAGCUAAAACAGUUUUUGAGGCAUUACAAGCACCAGCCUGCCAUGAAAACAUGGUGAAGGUGGGAGGAUACAUUCUAGGAGAAUUUGGUAACCUAAUUGCUGGAGAUUCUAGAUCUAGUCCCAUUGUACAGUUCCAGCUUUUACACUCCAAAUAUCACUUAUGUGGACCAGGCACACGGGGUCUCCUACUCUCAACAUACAUCAAGUUUGUUAACCUGUUUCCAGAAAUCAAGAACAGCAUACAAGAUGUUCUGCGAACUAACAACAACCUGCGGAACUCAGAGGUAGAGCUUCAACAGAGAGCUGUGGAAUAUUUACAGCUGAGUACAGUGGCCUCAACUGAUGUCUUGGCAACUGUUUUGGAAGAAAUGCCACCUUUCCCAGAGCGCGACUCUUCAAUUCUUGCCAAGCUGAAGAAGAAGAAACCAUCUGGAGUACCUGAGGGGACAGAACCAAAAGAACACAAGAUCCCGCAGGCUCAUAUGAGUAACAGUUUAGAUACACCAGCAGCUGCUCCACAAGACACUACAUCACCAUUAUCGGUGCCAAUCUCACCACCAAGUAGUUCAGGAUCAGUUGAUCUGCUUGGCCUAGGAACGCCUACAGCGCCCUCUGGUGGAGGCGGUGAUGGUGGAAUGAGUGGUCUAUUGGUGGAUGUGUUUGGUGGAGUGACCAGCAAUGGGACGGACUCUAACUCAAGUCUGACACCUGGAGCAGAGGAGGGCUACCAGAAGUUUGUUUGUAAGAACAAUGGGGUACUCUUUGAGAAUGAUCUUCUACAAAUAGGAGUGAAAACAGAAUUCAGGGCCAAUCUUGGACGUCUAGGAAUUUUCUAUGGCAACAAAACCUCAUUCCAAUUUACUGGGUUUCAAGUUGAAGCCCAUCUGUCUGAUGACCUUCAGAACAAGAUAACAUGUCAGCAGAAGCCAGUGGGAACUGUCGUGGAUAGUGGAGCACAGGUCCAGCAGGUUAUCAACAUAGAAAUCAUUUCUGAGUUCACCGAAGCACCAACGCUUCAGAUAUCAUUCCUAUAUAGUGGUGCUACACAGAGGAUCAACCUGAAGCUGCCGGUGAUGCUGAACAAAUUUGUAGAUGCAGCGGAAAUGGACUCGGCAACAUUUUUCACAAGAUGGAAGGCACUUAAUAAUCCUAAUCAAGAAUGCCAGAAAAUAUUCAAGGCUAAUUUUGCAAUGGAUUCAGAACAAAUUAAAACUAAGUUAUUAGGGGGAGGAUUUAGCGUAUGUGAAAAUAUUGACCCGAAUCCAGACAAUUUUGUGUCAGCUGGUGUACUGCACACAAGAUCGGCGCAGGUUGGCUGCCUGCUGAGGCUAGAACCAAAUAAACAAGCACAGAUGUACCGACUGACGAUAAGAACGAACAAGGAUGGCAUAGCAAACAUGUUAUGUGAUCUCUUUGAGAAGCAAUUUUAAAAUUUCGGACAUAGUAUGGAAAGGGGAGCAACUCUUGUUUCAUGCAAAAAAAAAAAAAAAGUCUCGGUUCCACAGAUUGGGAGUGGAUGCGCCCAGAGAAUGUUAACCAGGAAUAUCCCAUUGCUCUGUGUAGUGAAUGGGAUGGACAAGAUAUAAAAUGGUUUAGUGAGAGAAUGUUUUCUAUAGUUAAUGUGUAUAUCACUCCCGUAUAUGUAAACUUGUGAGAAGUGUUUGUUACAGACUGAUGGCGGAGAAGCAUGUAUGUAUGGGGUGGUUAAGUAUAUAUAUGUUAAGCCUUGUGAAUGUCGUCUUUCCAUGUGUUUGUAUAUUAGUCAUGUAAUGGCGUUGUCAAUACUCACAUGGUCACUUCUCUGUACUUCCUCCCUUCAGUGUUGCCAUUCCUGGCCCUCGAUUUCCUCUUGGGAAACUUGUGUGGAAUUUUUCGUGGAUUUUUUUUUUUUUUUUUUUUUCGCGAGUGACUCUGAUUCAAAAGAAGCCAUAGUGCAAAGUGAUCUCAGCAAAAUGAGAAAAAAAAUUGGAAACAUUCCAAAACAUCUUCAUUUUAAAACCUACAGGCAUUCUUUUUGUCACUCAGAAAUCGUGACAAGAAUUCCCAUUGUGAAAACAAGAUUGCUUGAAAUACUGUCUCUCGAUCUGUUCCAGCUAUCCAGCGACAGAUAUUGCAAGACAUGUUGAUGUUAUUUCUGUAGACAUAAUUGUCUAUAGUUCCCUUCACUUUGUAGCAGCUAACAAGUCUGGAGUUGCAUGCCCCUUGUAUUAUUUCUUUGCCCUUUAUUCUUGUAGUUGUUGACACCAUUAUGUUUCCUACUUUGUCUUUAUAUUUAAUCCAUCAGUGUUCAUGAAGCCCGAAUCUGCCUGUGAAAAAUCCCAACCUAAACAAUUCCUGUUCUAAACUAACUAAAUUAUGUUCAUUACAAAGACAGUAAGUUGUUGCAUUUGAAAAUUAGAUAUUAGAUCAAGACAAUGGUUUAUCUUAGUUGUCUAGUUAAAAAAUGUAGCCAGAAUUAGAUAAAAAUAGGUAACCAUGGAUACAUGUAACUUGUUGUUAUAACUGUAUUUCAUAGAUUGUCAUUUGUCUGUGAUUUGAAGUGAUUGCUCUAAGCUUUUGUCUACAGUCGGUAAUUCAUUCUUGUAAAAUGUGUUCUUGUGAUACUUUCUCUAUUGAUAUUGUGUACAGAUGUAACUGGAACAUGAGGUUAAGGAUCAAAGGUCAGGGGUCAGGAAAAGAUUGAAUGUUUAGAACACAGAAAUAAUUGAUAUUAGAUAAGUGUCAAGGGUUGUGAUGUUGAUUGAAAUUAGUUGUAUGAAGACUGACUGUCCAAGGGCCCAUUUCAUGGAACACACAGUGUUGAAGUUACUACAAGGUAAUCAGAGACCACAGUAACACAUCAGAUUGUGUAAGGACACAAAUAUUAUUUUUUGGUCUGUUUAAGUAGUGAAUUAAAAUCAAACUCAGCAUAUGAUUUUUUAAAAUUCUGAGCACUUCGUUGGCAUCAGAUUUUGUGUUUACCCUAAACACCAUAGAGGUUUACACAGUGACGGCUUUUGUGUACCUAUAUUUCAGGUGUAUGGUUACCAUACCAUUACCAUUGUUCAUCAAAACUUACUCAAAUGGACAAACUGAAGUCUGUUGGUUCAACACAAGGUGUUCUUAAGAUAAUUCUACUGUAAUUUAUUAAUUAAUGUAUGUCAAGUGAAGAAUAGGUUCAUUUAUUUUUCAAAUAUCCCUAAAUAUAACUACUUACAUUGUACUCUUGUGUGGACUGAAGUCAAGGUUUGAGGCAAUAUCUUUGUAUAUUUUUUAGGGGUAACUAACACAUGCAGUGUGAGUUGGUAGUCUAGUGUCUGGGCUGUCCGUCUUCUGAACUAUUUGUUCACAUAUAUAUAUUAUGUUGAUUUGAGUAACACUGUGCUUCCGAUAACUUCUUUUUAACAAGCAUUUGAAAAUGUGUGUUUGUUCUAGCUCUAUGUCUAUAUAUUAUCAUUCCACAGGUUCAUUAUAAAACCUGUUAUUUUCAUACUAAAGAUUGGUGUGAGACUGUGCUGUUAUAAGAAACCUGUGCUAUCUGAUAUAAAACACAUACUAAUACUGUUGUUUAUUGUAAGACGUGUGUUAGUUGCUUAAAGACACACGUGCCUCCUGCUAUAAGACACCUGUUAUAUCUGUUUAAGACAUGUCUGCUAUUACUUAUCUUGAAAUUUAUUGGUAUUUCUAACAGUAGAUUUUUGGCUUUCAUAGGCAUUAACAACAGUUUGAAUGAUAGACUGAAACAUAUUCUGAUCUCCCUGCCUGCAGAAAUAUGCUGUAACAACUGUCAUAUUUCAGUAUAUCACUCUUUAAUAUGGGGGAAACAUGAUAAAAUAAACAAAUAAUUGAAGUUUAUAUAUUUUUCUGAUAUCUCUAAACCUAUAACAGUUUUUUCUGUUUUUGUGUUGUACUUGUUUCUCAGCUACAACAGAAGAUGACGUCUGUCUUAUGGUGAUUUCAUGUUCAAUCUAAAGAGAGUGAAAGGAUGUAACAGUUGUUAGAUUGCCUGCAAGAUUAGCUUGUCACGAUGUGAAUAACUUAGGUGUUAGAUAUAUUGAAGCAGAUUAAGUGUUUGAUGACAAAUAAGUGCUGGUAGUUUGGGGAAGAUAUCUGUGUAUUGAAUUGAUUCCCUAUACCUUCAUUGUUUAGUUAGUGCUAAUGUACACAAAUGGUGAUGACACAGGACGUUGUAGUUGUUGUGGUGUUGGUGUUGACGUGACAAGCGAGUGUAAUUGUACCCUAGUAUUGAUAUCAUUACACCCUCACAGCAUUGUAGGCACUCAUAUAGCAUCUUGUGAUGUUCAAAUCAUCAAUUCACAACACAGGUAAUUGGUGCAUCUUUUUGUUCUUUUUCUACUUUAAUAUUCUGAACCAAAUUUCUGACGUUUUAGUUGAUUUUGUGAUACUUCCUAUAGAGGUAUCAGUUUCAUUUGUUCUCAAUAAUGUUUCACUCACAAAUUCUUGUUUGAAAUAAGCCUUAUGGAAAUUGCAUUAAGCAGUGUGAAUCUUGUGUUGUAUGUACAGAUGAAAUUGUCCCAACAUACCUAUAGAUAUAUAUACAUGUAUGUUUGAUAUUUGUAAUACAUUUUGCAAGUGGUCCAACCUUGUCAUGGAAACUACUUUGCCUGCCAACAGGCUGUCGCAGGACAAAAACUUUACCCGAUUUAAGCGUGCAAUACUACAGCUCAUUGUGUUAAUAUUUAGAGGACUGAAAAAAUGCUCCGCCAUUGUUUGUGUAUGUUAGUGCAGUUAUUGGUAAUUAACUAUGUUAUUGGGAUAUAGGGAUACUGAAACUGUUUUUACUUGACCUUUAAACUUAGGGUUAACAGGUCACAUAAUAUAGUGAACUAUGAACUCUCAUCAAGUAGUGCUGUGGUUGUUGUUUAACAUGAAACUCUCAUCUGUUCUUGCUGUGUUAUGUAUUUUGGUCACAUGAAUCUGAGGUCAAAGUUUAUAUGUUAACGUUGUUGACGUCAUACAAGAUGAUAUACAUAUGUAGUAAGCCCCUUAUUUGUACAAAAAAUGUCAUGUAAUUAGCCCAUAUUUGUUUUGCCGGAAACAUGGUGGUAUGGAGAGGGGACCAUGGACUGAUCUCCGGCAAGGCUGACUUGUAAUCUUAGGCAGACAUUGUAUAUAUACAGCAUAUAUUAAAUAAACUCAACAUCCUACAUCA